AUGAAGAGCAUUACACCGCCGACAUUGGUACAUCAUCAUCAUCCUGUUGGUCGUGAAAACCACCAGCCUCUGACCUUUGCUAAGGCUGUAAAGGAAGUCAGCUUCGGUCACGACCCUUCAGCUGUCGCUUCUCGUCUACUGACAGAACUCUCUUUGACGGAGCGUUUACAUCUACUGGAUGGGGAUGUACCAUUCUGGGAGGGCCUACGAGGAAUACUCUGCGAUCGAUAUAAUCGCAAGCCAUUCGUCAUGGGUGCGAUUCCUCGCCUCAACAUACCGGGAAUCAAGUUCACGGAUGGACCCAGGGGCGUCGUCAUGGGCUCGUCAACUGCAUUUCCAAUCUCCAUGGCACGCGGCGCCACCUGGGACAUUGAACUUGAACGCCGUGUUGGUAACGCCAUUGGACUGGAAGCCAAGGCACAGGGCGCCAAUUACUUCGCUGGCGUGUGCAUCAAUCUUCCACGUCACCCAGCGUGGGGCCGCAUCCAAGAAACAUAUGGAGAAGACCCAUUUCUGUUGGGCGAGUUUGGAGUUGCACUUACUCAGGGCGUUCAAAAUCAUGUUAUGGCAUGUGUUAAACACUUUGCCCUGAAUUCCAUGGAGAAUGCACGAUUUAGAGUUGAUGUGGAGGUCGAAGAGGACGUUCUUCAUGAAGUCUACCUUGCCCACUUCAGAAGGGUUGUUGAAGCUGGCGUGGCUUCAGUGAUGUCUUCUUAUAACUCGGUCAACGGAGAAUGGGCAGGGCAAAGCAAAGCUCUCCUGACAAAUAUCCUUCGAGAACAGUGGGAAUUCACCGGGUUUGUUAUGUCGGAUUUUAUUUUUGGCUUACGAGACGCCGCGCUUUCGGUCAAAAAUGGUCUCGAUAUUGAAGCGCCUUUCGCGCAGCAACGAGCAAUGCACCUGGAGAAUUCCCUCCGUAGCGGCGAACUAUCCUGGAUCGAUGUCAACAAAUCAGCGACGAGGAUUCUGAGAACACAGCUCAAGUUUGCCUCUCGAUUUCUCUCAGAGACACCUGAUGCGUCCGUCGUCUUUUGUAAAGAACAUCGGCAACUCGCCAGAGAGGUCGCUGAACGGUCAAUCGUCCUCCUCAAGAAUAACAAAAUCAAUAGCACGCCUCUCCUUCCGCUCAAAGAAGCAGAUGUAACUCGUUUGGCCCUUAUUGGUCGCCUGGCAAACAAACCCAAUACCGGGGAUAAGGGCUCUUCGCAGGUGUUUUCACCGACGGUGGUCACCCCUUACCAGGGACUCAAGGACGGGAUUUUUAAUGCAGAGAUCAUGCUUGACGAUGACGACAGCCCUGAUUCUGCUGCAAGAGCAGCCGAGAAAGCAGACGUUGCAGUUGUUGUCGUGGGCUACGACGCCAGCGAUGAGGGCGAGUAUGUGGUGCCUUCUCUCCAGAACGAUCCUCGCUUAUCGGAGCUGUUCCCUCCCACUAAGAACUCCGACCAAAAGGAGAUGCUGUCGAUUGUGCAGGGUAACACAUCUCAGGACAAACAAAGUUCAACUUCGGCACUCGAAGUUGGUGCUGGCGGCGACCGCCUGUCCCUGAGAUUGAGACCUCGAGAUGUUGAAAUCAUCAAUGCAGUGUCGUCUGUGAACUCUAAGACAAUUGUCGUGCUUAUUUGCGCCGGCGCUGUCAUAAUGGAAGAAUGGAAAGACAAAGUCCCCGCCAUAAUGAUCAGCUGGUACACGGGGGCAGAAGGCGGCCAUGCACUCGCAGACGUUUUACUGGGAAGGGUCAAUGUUGGGGGCAGAUUACCAUUCUCUAUCCCACAAGAUGAGAGCCAUCUCCCUGAUCUUGACAUUGAAGCAUCGGCUAUCAAAUACGAUCGUUGGUACGGUCAAAGUCUACUCGACAAGCUUGGAGUUGAUGCCGCGUUUCCACUCGGUUAUGGAUUGUCGUACACCGAAUUCAGGUUUAGUAACCUCGAAUUUGAGCCUAGAAUGGAGUCUACAGGUUGUAAUAGUGUCAAGGUGGCGGUCGAUGUGGAAAAUACGGGACAAAGAUCUGGGCAUCACGUCGCCCAGGUUUAUGGAUAUCCCAACAUGGCUGAGUAUCCACGCCGAGUCCUUCUUGGCUUCGAGAGCGUUUAUUUACGAGCUGGAGAGUUUAAGCGGAUAUUUGCUGAUGCAUCGUUGCGGCCGAUUGAACGAUGGGUUGAUGGCCAGUUUUGCUUGUUGGUUGAUCACUUCCAGAUUGAGGUUGCAGCAUACGCUGGGGAUAAACAUGGAGUUCGCAAAAUGUGUCAACUUUAG